AUGAGCCGACCGCCCUCGGCCGCCAUGGAGCGGCGCUACAGCGCCGACGCGCGCCUGGACGGGGACGGAGACGGGUGCGACGCGCUGGGCGGCGCGUGCGCGCCGCCGCCAGCGCCGCCGCCCGCGGGCGCGAGCGCGAGCGUGGGAGCCGGGCUGGUCGCGGCGUCCGCGCCGCCGGUUGUGGGCUACGAGCCGGUGCCGGUGCGUGCGCUGUACUCAACGCCCGCCCACAGCUACCAGGUCCUCGCGGGCCACGUACCAAGCCACAUGCCAGGCCACAUGCCGGGCCAGCCACAAGGUCACAUUCAUAGCCAGUCGCUUCACCAGUUUGGUGCAGCCGCGUCGCCCGCGUCAAGCGCGAGCCCGGGCAGCGUCCGUCGCGUCGGCCGCCGCUUCUGGCAGCCCUCCGAGGACAUCGUCCUGCUGGACACCGUGUUGGCGCACCGCUACGAGGUUCCCAUCUCGCCCAACGUGCGCCACUUUUGGGACUCCGUCAGCCGGCAGCUGUUCCAGGAGCACGCGCUGCAGCGCAACACGCGGCAGUGCCGCGACCGGUUCAACCUGCUGUACGCGCGCGGCGUUCGCAACGCGGCGUGCAACGUGGAGCCCGAGAACGCGCGCGACGCGCUGAUUCUCAAGGUCGCGCGCGUGUUCCACGCCACGGACCAGGGACACUACCGCAUGAGCCCCGGCGCGGACACCAGCACGGACACGAGUAUGGGCCCCAGCGCCGGCAUCCUCACCGCGCCGGCAGGCGCGACGCCACAGGCUGGCAACAGCAUGGACUGGAACUACAUGGCGAACUCGGUCUCGUCGCUGGUCGCCAGCACCCGGAGCCUGGCCGCGGAGGUGCGGGACCUCUCCGAGAGGUUUACGCAGCUGUCGCAACAGGUCAGGUACAUCCAGGUGCGCCUGGCGUGCGCGCCUGAGCGCUCUGCGACGGGCCAGUUUGGCGCCCCGGACCUGCCGUACGACUCGCAGUUCCACAACCCUCCUGCAUACCCGCCUCCCGGCGGGCGCGAGUGA